UCCAAAGACAACAACAACAACAACAGCAGCAGCACGCGGAUAAUGAAUAGUUCGGAGCAUAUAGCGAUCGCCUUUGUUUGCGCUUUGGUGCUGGUACUGACCCACCAGCAGCACUUACUGCUGUGCCUAAUGUUCUUCAAUAAAAGAAGGAGAGAACGUGAGCAAGAAAUGGAAAAUCUAGCUGGAGCUGUGCCACACAUAUCCACGAUACCCGUUACCACCAGACCCCCCCGGACCCGGACACUUUGGAUGAAGGUACGCAGUCAGGACUGGUGGGAACGGGUUGUAAUGAUGGAGUUCACCGACACGGAUUGGCGUGAAAAUUUUCGUAUGUCACGUCAAUCUUUUGCUAAACUUUGCCGUAUGAUGGAGAGAGUGAUGGAGCCAUGUGAAGUAACCAUUCGCACACCAGUGCCUAUAGGGAUGCGUGUUGCCAUGGUGUUAUACAAACUAGCAAGCUGCGCAGAGUAUCGUGUGAUCGCAAACCAAUUCGGAGUGCACAAGAGCACCGUGAAGAAGAUGGUUUAUUUAUUCUGCCACGGAAUGGUCGACUCUGUCAUCAAAACACUUAUCAGAGUUCCCACUUUGGAGGAGGCAUGUGCCAUCGCAGAAAGAUUUCAACGGGCCCACUCCAUUCCUCAAAUCAUAGGCUGUGUGGAUGGGAGUCACAUCCCUUGUUUGCCCCCAAGUGAUGGCUACAGAGACUUUAUAAAUAGGAAGGGAUGGCCCUCCUAUAUCCUCCAAGCAGUCUGUGAUGACAAAUACUGCUUCUGGAGUGUGAGCUGCAAAAUGCCCGGUUCUGCCCAUGACGCCAAUGCACUCAGGCAGUCCCAGCUUUUCCAGAAUGCCCAGUCCUUCCCAAAGAGAGCAGUGCAGAUCGAGGGCCAGGAUGUGGAUUUCUUCCUGCUGGGAGAUCCUGCUUAUCCACUGAUGCCCUGGCUAAUGAAGGGCUAUCUGCAGUCUCCAAGACUGACACCACAAGAGGAAUCCUUCAAUGUGUAUUUGAGUUCUGCUAGAACAAGUAUUGAGAUAGCAUUUGGUCGACUGAAAUCUCGUUUCCGUGUCCUGUUGAAGCGCAGUGAUUUCCAUUUUACAUUUACGCCAUACAUGGUAGCGACAUGUUGUGCUCUGCACAAUUUUUGUGAGAUUGAAAAGGAGCAUGUGAACCCCAGAUGGACAGAGGAGGCAACAUCUGCAGGAAGGCAGUUUCCACAGCCUGUGUCACAGCCCAAUAGGGCCAAUAACAGUGCAGCCACAGCUAUCAGACGGGCACUAACAGAUUACCUUGCUGCACAUGUCCCACUCCGCAGGCGCUUAUAGGAGGAGAACGCGAGAGAGCGGAUUUAAGCUAAUGAUUUGUUACUUGUGUGGCAUUGUUUUUUCUAACUUCUUUAAAUGUUUAUCUGCCCUCCGAAGUGUGUAACCAGUUUGAGCUCACUGCAAAAAAUCACUUUCUUACUUAGUAUUUUUGUCUUGUCUUCAGUAGAAAUAUCUUAAAAAUCUUAAAUUAAGAUGCUUUUUCUUGAUGAGCAAAAUUACCUAAGAAAAUAUACUAUUUAAGUGAAUUUGUGCUUAAAACAAGCAAAAUGAUCUGCCAAUGGGGUGAGAAAAAAAUCUAAAAAUACGUUUUCUUUUUUUCAGUUAAUUUAAUCAAAAUGUUCUCACCCCAUUGGCAGAUAAUUUUGCUUGUUUUAAGCACAAAUUCACUUAAAUUGUAUAGUUUUGGUCUUAAAACUAGAUUUUAUUUCUUAGGUAAUUUUGCUCAUCAAGAAAAAGCAUCUUAAUUCUAGAAUUUUUAGAUAUUUCCACUGAAAACAAGACAACAAUACUAAGUUAGAAAGUAAUUUUUUGUUGUGAGUUUGUUGCUCUAAAAGUUAUCUAAAAGUUGUGUUUACUUUUUGUAAUAGAAGUUCAGCACAUUCAGGUUUUCAAACAACCUU